AUGGAGGUCCUUCCGGACAUUGCCAGCGUCAAGGAGUAUGCGUUUCCAAUUGCUGGCAUGCUCCUUGUCCUCUACCCUGCGGCCCUGAUGGCCUGGACGGUGAUUGAAGGCAGGUCGGCUCCCUAUUCCAAGGAGCAGGAAGAGCAGCGACGCCAUGAAAAGGAGGACCUCGCGAAGCCGGAGAAAAAGCCGUGCGGGGAAGGAUUCACAUGGAUCGACCGAUCAAAGGGCUGGAGGAUUCGCCGCAGUAGCAGUGUGGCGACCGGCCUUGCUGUUGUGGCCAUGCUAUGGGCAUCGAGACGGUUCAUGUCAUUCUGUUUUGUCUCUGCCCCUAGCAAGCUUCCUGUGGCCAUGGAUCAGUCCUCCACGAGCUUUUCCUCCACCUUCUCAGUCCCCUCCGUCGAGCCGAUCGCAGCCAUGUCGGCUUUGUCAGCGGUGGCGGUCGGAGUCGCGUGCAAGCGGCUCCCUUUUGUGCGUCGUUCCAACAAUUGGACUCUGGGAAAACGAUCAGGCUCUGCGACCAAGCGCGCAGCCACAUUCACCAAGUCAGUGGACGUCCCUCAAUGUGGCUUUUUUGAUCGGCAGCUCUCUGGACCGUGGACUGCUGCAGAAGCACCUGCUGUAAACGAGGAGCCCUUGUCCGGUGGCUCCCAGGAAAUCUCCAUGUGGCAUGACGUGGAUUUGUACGUCAAGUCGUGGCUGGAUGAGCCGACGGCACUUUUGCGCUAUGUCAAUGAAAUGCCCAUGGGCACUCUGCGGAAGUAUGAGGUGCAGCCGGGAGCACCCUACAACGCCAUUGAGGAGGAUGUCAAGGGCUCCAAGAAGCUUGCUGCUUUCGGCAAGCCGGUGCCCUUCAACUACGGCUGCUUCCCGCAGACGUACCGGGAUCCGGACAAGGCCGAUGAGCUUUACUCCGCGCCGGGAGACGAUGAUCCAUUGGAUGUGAUUGAUUUGGCAGACGCACCGACCGAGGUGGGCACCAUCGUCCGGUGCCGCGUGCUGGGUGCGGUAUGCCUCAUUGACGAAGGCCAAGCUGACUGGAAAGUGCUGGUCGUCAAUGUGGACUCGAACACGGCCCUGGCGCAUGCCCGUUCCAUCGAAGACGUGGAACGCAUUUCGCCAGGACGGAUUCAAGCGUGCUGGUCUUGGAUGGAUGAGCUCAAGAGUCGCGGCAAGGCGAAGCUACAUCGUCAUAUCCAUGACGUGGACUGUGCAUUGAAGCUCAUCCAAGAGGAUCAUUGUUCCUGGAAGGAGCUCGUGAAUUCUGCUGGUCCCGAUGGCACAGCACGCGGACACUGGAUUUGUACACCUCAGAAUGAAGAUGCAGCACCAGUUCAGGUUUUGAAGCUUGGCUGGGCGCCGCCUUCUGUGGUUCCUGGACAGCAAGUCCGCUCCUGCAUGCUGGCCGGCGCAGCCCGGGUGCCUUCGGAGCGCCUUCAGAGUGUCAGUUCUGGCACGCGCUGCCAGGGCUGUGCAGCUCGCACGUACGCAGUGAGGCGGUCAAUGGAUGGGAACGUGGGUCUUCUCACAGUAUCAGUUUUGGCAAAGAAGUACAGAUCCCAUGUUGAGCCAUUGUCGUGUCCCCCUAUCACUAUCCCAUCAAUCACGGGGCUUCUGAACCGGACACGGCGAUGGGUCACGGCCCAGAUCGUCAUGACGAAGAACGGCCGAGCGCGAGGCUUCGGUUUCGUGACCUUCGUCUCAGAGCUGGCGGCGGCACAAGCGCUGGCCGAGCCCCAGGAGAUCGACGGGCGCCUGGUGGAUGUGAAGAGAGCCGUUCCUGGUGAGUCGGCCCAGGAACGGCCCUCGAACAAGAUCUUUGUUGGUGGUCUUCCACAGGACGUGACCACCGAAAAGCUGAGAGCAUACUUUGCGUCCUAUGGCGCAGUGGCGGAUGCGGUGGUCAUGGUGGACCGCCAGACGAAACGCUCGAGGGGCUUUGGUUUCAUCCGCUUUGCCCACGGCCGACACGGGAGCGCGGCUGCGCAGGCCGUGCUAAGAGACUUCCAACACCACUGGCUGGAAGGCAAGUGGGUGGACGUGAAGCCAGCGACGCCAGCUUCCACGCUCGAGGAGAUGGCGGCGUGCUUUCUGGAGACUUCCGCACAGAGUAGCGGAACCGUGGGCGCAACGAGUUCCGGCAGCCGGAACCGCCAAGCCGCGGAGAGGUGGACGGCCUAUCAUCCUUCUGCUGCCAGUGUGGGCCAGAAAGGGCACCCUGCCGAGGGUCUAGCACAGGAUCUGGCUGACCCGUGGCCACACGCCAUGGACGUGGCAGGCCCUGCCCCCUUUGCUGGCGACCUGCAAUGGGUAAUGCCGCAGCUUCCGACGAUUUUGGCUGGGGUGCCAAGACCCUCAGUGCUGGGGAAAGGUAUGCCUGCGAGAGCCCCCAACUGGCCACUCCAAGGCCACCUCUCAUCGCCUAUGAAGGUCACAUGCCGCGGCGUGGAGGAGGUUUGCUCAGCCGGACUUCGAGGGCAGGUUUGA